AUGUCGGCAGACUCAAAUUCCGCUGCUGCUGCGGCACCUCCAAGUGCGCCGGACUGUGCUGCUGAGGAUGAGCCUGAGAUCGCAAACAAUGACGGCACAAUCGAAGAGUACUACUCGAAAUAUGUCCCUGCUCCUGACGGCAUCGAGGACAUGGAGGUGUACACUCCAGGAGGUUUUCAUCCCAUCCAUCUCAAUGACACAUUUCAGAAUCGCUACACAGUCAUUCACAAAUUGGGCGCUGGAGGCUCUGCAACAGUGUGGCUAGCGAGAGAUAGUCAGGAUGAACGCUACGUGGCUCUCAAGGUCGUAUCUGCGUCAAUGUCCGGGUUCGCUGAAACUGAAGUCGCCACUCACAAGAGACUGCGAGCCAGCAUUGGCGAAUCUGCUCUUGGCGGAUUCGUAGUCCCCCUUCUGGACGAUUUCUGGAUCGAGGGUCCCAACGGUCGACAUAUGUGUCUGGUGCAGAGCGUGUGCGGUCCAAGUCUGAAUACUUUCCGACAGUUUCGGCUCAUGAAGAUUCGGCCGGACCUAAUCAGCGGACUAUGUAUGCAGCUUGUUCAGAGUCUCGCACAGCUACAUGAGGCCGGCUUGGUCUAUGGCGACCUCAGCGGAGGCAAUGUCGCUUUUGCUCUGAAGAACCUGGAUCACCUCUCGGUUGAAGAAGUCCUCGAAACUCUCGGGCAGCCAGAAAGCUAUCCUGUAAGGGUCGCACGGAAGUCGGAUACCGACUGGGCGGCAAAGCAUGGCCCUCACACAGUAUAUGACAGCAUCGAGUUCACCGUGGGUGCCAGCCUGGAUCUGCUCAUACCUGAGGUAAAGUUGAUCGACCUAGGAGGCUCCUACUUCCUACCACGAGAAUUCGAGGAGGAUGGAGCAGCAUUCACUGAGAGCUACGCAGAUCCAUCUAGCCUUGGUUUCAACGAUGCCGCCGACCAAGCCAGCGAUAUUUGGGCCCUGGCUUGCAUUCUCUUCGAGAUGCGAUCUGCCACGAUUUUUGUCGAGAACAUUGGUGCUGGCGUUUUCUCGCAAGUGCUCGAUCGGAUAGGCCCCCUUCCCAAAGAAUGGCAAGACGAUGCUGAGAAUGCUGAGGUUGCCGCACAUGUCGAGGAGUCCAACCCAGUAAACGCGAGCAGGGAAGCCUCAGCACAACCCCAGUCAAAACGCCAAUCAUUCAUGCUCGCAGUCAACAAAAUCACAGGUUUCACCAAGCUCAAGCAGCUCUGCAACGCUGUCUUGUCAUGGGUCGUGAGGAAACCCUCCGCGAAAACAAAAGAACAGACUCGGUCCGACAUGGUCUACAUGUGGGACAGUCGAGGUGACGACAAAACCCUCCAUGGCCAAAUCAGGAACAUCGGAAACUGGCAUCCGUGGCAUAAACUCACCAUCGAGCAGCGUCGCGCACGUCUCGAGGACUACAAUGCCGUCCUGGAGGACAAGGAAGACACCAGUGACAAGGCGCUCGAUCGCGGUCCCCCGGGACAUGCGGCUUUGUCAGAUGAAGAAGCGGCUGAUUUCGAGGAUCUUUUGCGGAAGAUGUUCACUUGGGAACGCUCGGAGAGAAUCACCAUCGGAAACGUCCUCAAGCACCCCUGGUUCAACAAGAAGUAUCUUGUUGAGGAGAGUGGUCCUUGGCUACAGUAUUACUACUAUGGUUGCGGUUAUAGUGCCUUUGGUGUGAGAUACAUCUAG